AUGAGCGACCGGGCAUCAAUCCCAAAGAAAGAAGACGGCAAGGCCCCGGUGACGGGAGACUAUGACCUCUCGACGCCAAUCGACCCUAACGCCGCAGGGUUGAGACAGGGCCUGACCUCCUACGGCGACGCUCACUUCUCACUGUUUCUGCGCAAGGUCUUCAUCAAGGCUCUCGGGUAUAGUGAAGAUGCGCUGUCGAGGCCUAUCAUUGGCAUCGUCAAUACAUACUCGAGCUUCAACCCGUGCCAUGCAAACGUCCCACAGCUGAUCGAGGCCGUGAAGCGCGGCGUCCAGCUCAAUGGCGGCCUGGCGAUUGAUUUCCCGACCAUCAGUAUCCAUGAGAGCUUUGCGUCGCCGACGAGCAUGUAUCUGCGGAAUCUGAUGAGUAUGGAUACGGAGGAGAUGAUCAAGGCGCAGCCAUGUGACGCAGUGGUUCUAAUUGGAGGCUGUGAUAAGACAACGCCUGCGCAAUUGAUGGGUGGCAUAUCGGCGAACAAGCCUAUCCUGCACCUGGUCACUGGCCCUAUGAUGCCAGGAAGCCACAAAGGUGUGAGAAUUGGUGCUUGCACAGAUUGUCGCAACAACUGGGCCGCCUACAGAGCUGGUAAAAUUGAUAUCGAAGACAUCUCGGCUAUCAACGACGAGCUGGCACCCACCGGAGGUACCUGUGGUGUCAUGGGUACCGCAUCGACCAUGGCUUGUAUUCUGGUAGGUCUGGGAAUGAUGCCGUUCAAAGGUGCCACAGCCCCAGCGGUCUCAUCGACAAGACUGCGUAUCGCCGAACAGACCGGAGGCCUGGCUGUAGCCCUCCACCAGAAGAAGCUCAAGCCGCAAGACCUGCUGACCCGCGAGUCUUUCCUCAAUGCUAUCACCGUCCUGCAGGCCAUUGGCGGGUCGACCAACGCCGUUGUACAUAUGAUGGCCAUUAUAGGUCGUCACCCUGCUGUAGCCGGCACAAUCACGCUCGACACGUUCGAUGAAAUCGGGAGAAAGACACCGUUGUUGGUUGAUCUGAAGCCCAGCGGACAGAAUUACAUGGAUGACUUCCACAAUUCUGGCGGCAUGCUUGCACUUUUGCACCAGCUCAAGCCCCUGUUGCAUCUGAACGCGAUGACGGUGACAGGCAAGACGCUAGGAGAAGAGCUGGAGAGCACGCCAUUCACCCCCAUUCCCCGUGAUAGCUUGGUCAACUGUCUUCAACCUUUCAACGAUCCUCUAUACCCAGCUUCGGCCUUGGCCGUUCUCCGUGGCAACAUCGCCCCCGGUGGAGCUGUCACGAAGCAGAGUGCGUCAAAAUACCGCCGACUACUUAAACAUUCCGGCCCAGCAGUCGUCUUCGCUGGCUCCGCCGAUAUGGCCCUUCGUAUUGACGACCCGGAUCUUGAGGUGACGCCCGAUAGUGUGCUCGUUCUUCAAAAUAUUGGGCCUGUCGGCAACCCAGGUAUGCCAGAGGCGGGUCUUAUUCCCAUCCCUCGGAAGCUGGCAAGUCAGGGAGUCGAAGACAUGCUCCGCCUGUCUGACGGGCGUAUGAGCGGCACAGCAGGUGGGACUAUCGUUCUGCACAUCUCCCCCGAAGCGGCGGACCCCGAAUCGGUUCUUGGUAUCGUCAGAACUGGCGACAUGAUAACCUGCGACGUGGAACAACGCCUUAUCAAGGUUGAGAUAUCUGACGAGGAGAUCAAACGAAGAAUUGCCGAGAAAAAGGAAGCAUUGGCCAAGGAGGAAGAAAACGGUGGCAGCAAUGCGCCUUGGGUGGCGAAGAAGAGAAUCCGCGGCUAUCGGGGGCUAUACCUGCGUUCCGUCAUGCAGGCAGAAGGGGGGGCUGAUUUUGACUUCCUCACAGCGAAUGGACCAUCCCAAUAG